AUGUGUUUUACAUGCAAACAAUCGGGUCACAUUGCAGCUAAUUGCCCUUCUUCCCCAAAUACUAUCGACUUUGCUCCAAUAGAACAGAAUUUUUUUAUGAUAUCUAUGGUAUCCACGUCCAAUACCUUAACAUUUACGACAUUACCACCAACAAAAAAACAUUCUCCUUCACACGCAUCGUGUACAACAACUGCAAACACAACCUCAACACUCAUAGUACCUCCACCUACUUUAACUGAAUCAACUGUAGCCCGAGUAGAUAUACCAAACCAGACCACUUCAACAACCUUACCACCACUAAACACUAGUACUAUAGAAAUUCCAACCACUAUAUCUGCUGUUGCUAAAAGAUCUAUAUCUGAAGUCUCCAGUCCUUCUUCCGAUAAGGACUUGCUCCGAUAUUUGUAG